AUGCCUGCAAAGCAAGUGACAACGGCGAUCAGAUCCAAGCCAUCUACCUCCUGGAAGACAUUGAAGUGUUGGGAGACGGUGCUAAAGGACCACUGCGAGUUCGCCGUGUUCGCCGAGUAUAAGAACCUCGACGAAGAUGCCCAGAAGAAGCUGCUGCAAGCACUGGAGGGCGCUGUGUUCAUGCAGCUUCCAAGCAUUCUUGCGCAGUUGGAGCGGCAAAAGGCAAGCCGCAAGAACAGUCGAAAAAGUAAGGCCGAAAGCUCUCACGAAGAUAGCUCUUUGGUCACGGCGGUAAGAGCAGCUGCCGACGAUCCACGAGUCGCUGAUGCCCUUACGCCCGAUGUUUUCGACAUCCUGCGGGACUUCUUGUCAUCAUGGGGUGCACCUAUGGGUGCUGAAGAGUUGCUCUGCCGACACAAUCUUCAUGAAAGGCAGAUUCGUCAGUUGUUUGAAAUUUGCCAACCGAGCAAACUUUUGAGCUCGGAUCAGAGCGUUACGAAGCGCAGUUGCGAUAGCUCCUGGGAGCACUUGCGGGCAGUGUCUAUCGCAGGCCUGCAGCUUUUUCGCAGCAUGACGAAGAUGCGUUUAGAGUGCAAAGUCGUUGGAAGUCCUCAUCAUAAAGUUGGACUAACAAUGGUAGUAGAGGACUCGUUCGGAGAUCGGGCUCAUUGCGGUGUAUACAACCUGCCGGGGGUGUACAACCAGCAGACAGCAGACCAGGCCAUUCCUCUGAACUCCACUUUGAUCAUCGCUGAGCCCUUCAUGAAGAUUAUGGCUGAUGGUACUCGAGGAAUUCGCGUGGACAACCCGGAGGAGACAUUUGCACGUUGA